AUGGCGCCAUGUAGCAGUUGCUUCGGCUCCGAGACUUCCUACUGCGGGAGGACAUCCAUCGAAGCCCCUCGUGUUAUCGAUGCCCAAUCCCCCGGAAGACGAGGGCGACAGUCAGACGGAGUGACCGUGUGUGGCAGACCCGGCUGUCCGCCCAGGAAGGAGAAAUACUUCCGCGCAGUGCGCCGACUGUUUACACAGCUGGACCAGAACUCCGACGGAGGCAUCACCCGAAAGGAGUUCGAACGAGCGUGGAAGGAUCCGGUGCUCCAAACGGUCUUCGACGCUUUGGAGAUCAGCAGCACCGAUGCCUGGGAUCUUUUCCGACAAUUGGACCGCGAUGGAAGCGGGGAGGUGGAUGUCGACGAGUUUUUGGAAGGCUGCAUGAUGAUCAAGGGCCCUGCCCGAUCCAUUGAUGUGGUUUGCAUUAAGAAGGACCUGAUCGCAUGCGAUUUCGGUCCUCGCAGGGUGGCGGCCAAUUCUAGUCCCCUCUACAAGAUCAUCGACGCUUCACCUGACCACGGCGCAGGGCGCGCCCUGCGCUGCGCCGAUGAGUUGGGCCCGCGAAUGGUGGAUCCCAAAUACCACGAACGGCAGGUGGUCCAAGUGGAAUUUCGACAAGUGGUCAACCGAAUUGUGCUUCACAUCCUUCGAGACGUCCAUGGGGCCAACAUCAGUAUGGAUGUUGAAUUUCAGCUGAGCACUCACUUCAUGAAAUCCCAGGCAGGACAUCCGGACUGGUUGCCGGUGCUCUUGGACGAGCAAGGAAACCAGGAGCCCUUCCUCUUGGACGAUCUGCCGGGGAAACAGGCAGCCCAGAAGGGGCGCAACAACAAGAAGCAGAUCCUAGCACCGGGCGCGCUCAGCCGCGGUGCUGGACAGGUGCCCGGCCUUUCCGAGCUGCUGGAAGGAUCCCGAGUUGGAAACGCAGGUGGAAAGAAGAAUGCCAACGGCAAGGCGUUGCAAGGCAUGGCAAAGAGCAAGAAUGCUAAAGGCAAGCAACCGAAGACACAGGACAUGGCCUCGCCCAUGAUUGCCAUGCCGCAGUUCCAAAUGCAACAGUGGCUGCAGGCGGCGGCCUCCAUGGGUGCCUGUGGCGCGUGUGGUGUACCCAUGCCGAUGAUGGCCGGAGGCUUCCCAAUGCAAGCCAUGCAGCCAACGAUGUAUGAUGGUAUGGAUGCCAAUGUCCUGAUGGCAGGCAUGAUGCCUUUCGCAGGCAAUGUCGACAUGAGCCAGUACAUGGCUGCAUUCGGUACACAGAGCUAUCCCUAUAGCAAUGGCGACGCCUUUGAGUAUUCGGACAUGAGGGGCGCGGAAAAUCAGGAGGAAGAGGAAGAGGAGGGAGAGGAAGAGGAAGAGAAUCCUGCCAUGGCCCCGUCCUAUAUUCCGAGUCCACAGAUGACGUGA